CCGACAGCCGUACGAUUCACUAACCACCAGGUCCGCCGUCGAGACAAUCCGAUACAAUGGCGAUCAAGCACAACCAGCAGAUUCAGAAGAAUCACUUCCACAAGGACUGGCAACGCUACGUCCGCGUGCACUUCGACCAGCCUGGCAAGAAGAAGUCCAGACGCAAUGCUCGUGUUGCCAAGGCUGCAAAGGUCGCCCCCAGGCCUGUUGACAAGCUGAGGCCCAUUGUCCGCUGCCCAACCAUCAAGUACAACCGCCGUGUCCGCCCCGGUCGUGGUUUCUCUCUUGCUGAGUUGAAGGCUGCCGGUAUCCCCCGCAAGUUCGCUCGCACCAUCGGUAUCUCUGUCGACCCCCGCCGCCAGAACCUUUCCGAGGAGGGCCUCAAGGCCAACGUCGAGCGCCUCCAGGAGUACAGGAAGCGCCUCAUCCUCUUCCCCCGCCGCAACGGCAAGACCAAGAACGGUGACGCCUCCGCCGAGGAAGUCAAGGCUGCCAAGAGCGGUGACAACCUCGUCAGCAACACCUCUGCCGUUUUCCCCAUCAAGAACACCGUCCAGCUCGAGGAGGGCCCCAUUGGCAACUACGAGGCUACCGAGAACGCUUACAGGAAGCUCCGUGACUCCCGCGCCGAGGCCCGCUACGUUGGUGCUCGCGAGAAGCGCGCCAAGGCCAAGGCUGAGGAGGCUGAAGCCAAGAAGAAAUAAGCUAAUCGCUGGUGAAGCGACUGUGUGGUUCUUUGCUAUGGCUUACGACACUAUAAAAGUCAGGAUUACGAUACGGCAAUGGGUAGUCCCAGCGUGGGCAAUCCCAGCAUGGGCGGCGUCACGGUUAGGUCUGUCUAAGGUUGACAGCAUGUGAAUGAUACCUAGUUUUUCAAAUGCAAGCCGUGCCUCCCAUUUUAUGUUGUCAUAGUUGUGUCCGCCACGAGGUAGUAUUUGUAUCACUAAUGCACCGUCGCCGACUG